AUGGAGUGGGUGAGAGUGACAGUGGUUCAAGGAGGUACCGCUAUUUUACCGUGCCAUGUCACUGGUACCAAUGAUGACCUGACACAGAUUACCUGGCAGAGGAGGACGAGAGAAAAACCUCACAAUGACAAUUUUCUAACUAUCUUACUCAGAGAUGGACCACAGUUUGUCAGUGAACGUGAUGAUCGAUUUAAAUAUAUCGGGAAUUUUAACAACAAUAAUGGAACUCUCCAGUUAUCCAAUGUUGCCCUGAAGGAUGAAGGCAGCUACACGUGCAUCUUCACGUUGUUUCCAAGUGGAAAUCAGAAGACAGAAAUACCUCUAAACUUGCUUGUGCCUCCUUUCACAAGUGUGAUGGACAAUCUUCCCACUUUGGGCACAGAAGAGGUUUUAUUUGCUACCUGCACGGCUGCUGGAUCGAAGCCUCCUGCAGAGGUGAGGUGGCUCACUGGUGCUUUGGGAGACAAAGUGAGGACGACAACAAACUCCACACAGUAUGACAACAGCACGACUACCACUGUCAGCUCUCUGUUUGGUGUUCCUACGAGAGAGAUUAACGGUCACCAGGUCCAGUGUGUCAUCAGUGGUGACUCCCUGUCUAUAGUUGAAAGUCUGCCCUUCACUAUACAGGUCUACUUCUCUCCCACAGAAGUGAACAUCAGAGCAAAAUCUGAGGACUCAUUUGAGUGUGUGACAGAAGCCAAUCCAAGUGCAAAUUUUACAUGGAGCAGGUAAAGUAGCUUGAAUAACAGUUUCAGCUGAAACAUUCAUUUCAUUGGUUCUUUUUGUUUGUCUCAAGUGACCUGUGCUGAGCCAUGAAAAAAAAAGAGCGGUAUAGAGUGUUUUUAUAUGGUUAACAAAGUUUGUGAGGUUUUGUUCAUAUAUAAUUUCUCAAAUUUCAUUCCCAGUAGUCCUAUCCAAACUACCAUAGCACAGUUGGAUGUUUAGUAAAGUCAGUCAUAUGUUAAAAGAAUGACUGAUGACUCAUGGUGAGACAUCGAUCAUAUGUCUAAACUUCAAAUAUUUUUACUCCUUGAGUGUUGGUCACAUUUUAGUGAAAUACGCACAUGAUUAUUAUGUAAUGGUUCCUCACUCAAACUGGGUCAUAUGUGACCAAAAGCGUAACAUACUGACAAUUUGUCACAUAGCAUAAAAUGUUAUGCUUUGGGAUGAGAACAUGUUGGUUCACAACAAUCACUACUGGUUUGGGACUCUUUUUCAGUUCUCAGUGGAUUUUAAUAGUCAUUCAUUUUUACAAUAAAGCCAAGCAGAGCCAACAGAACUUAUCACUUUGUUUCUGUACUUCAGCAUUACACAAACGGAUAAUGAUCCAGAUGAGCUACUACAUCACAGACACUCUCGUUAAGUAGAUGUUAUAAUAAAUCAUGGUUGGUUCCUCACAUAACAAUGAAUAAAACUGAAAGAAAUGUUGUAGCCUACUCAAAUGGAAAAGCCCACAUAGUAAAUAAAGUAUCAAAUUCAGUCAUUUGGAAAGAUUUCAGUGUCCCGUGACUAUUGAUGAUAAUGUUUUUGAUGGUUUUUUUUAUACAGUCCCUUCAUCCACUUGUUACUUAUUUAUUCAACAUAAACAAAAAUAUGUACACUCCUAGCU